AUGGCGCACGAGUCUGCCAGGGACCCCCCCGGCCCGCCAGCUGGCCAGCGAGGCCAGGGCCAAGGCGACAGCGAAGCGACCGGGAAAGACAGACAGAGCAAGCCCAAGCCAGCGAAUGGCAAAGGCAAAAGCUCCGAGGGCAGCAAGGGCGGCAAAAAGGGCGGGGGGAAUUCCAGCAAGGGCAGGAACAAGGGCUACGGCGACAAGGGCUCCGAAUGGGAUGCUGCCCAGCGUGACCCUGGGAGACUGCAGCUGACGUUGGAGGAUCUGCAAAGAGCCUUCUAUUUGCCACUAAUCUGGACAGCGCUGCUCCCGCCACCUGGAGCAUCCACGGCAGAAAUCGAGGCCUCGCCGGCCGUGGCACAGCUGCAAAGCCUGGGCGAUGAGCGGCACUUCAAGGGAGUGCGAAGGGCCUCCUUGGCCGAUGUGCAUAAAGGCCAGGUGUUCUGGAGGCAAAUGUUUUCUGGCUGGGAUGACUGGGUGCAGAGACUCCGCAUAGCCAUGGCCAGCUUCAGAGCUCCGGAUGGCCAGUCAGGCUUGGAUGCUUUAGUGCAACAACAUGUGAAGACUGUCUCCGUGACCGCCGGAGCCGUCGUGUAUGGUGACUUGAAUGUCCUGGGUGCUCUUCCCCACAUAAGCAAUGCACGGAAAUCGCCUGACCAAGAUGCAAUCCUGGAACUUGACCUGAUGCUGCGGAUGGAGGUG